AUGAUUAAAACUGACCUCUUCGUUGGCCUUGAGGCCACAACUAAACAGGUUGUGUUCAGCGUUGAUUGCGUCUUGCUCUCGACGGCUCCGGUUGGGGGUUUGUGCUUUGUGAUGGCUUCAAGUGCAUUUCCAAAGUGGAUGACUGUUGUGGGAGGCUUUCUCUCCUACUUUUUGGCUGAUGGAUGCACGUAUUCGGCGGGCAUUUUGUUUACAGAAUUCAAGGAUAUAUUUCAUGCAGGCUCGACAGCCACGUCAUUACUGCCGGCAUUGGUCUACGCCAUUCCGCAAUUCAUGUCACCCUUAAUAUGUCCGCUCACAGCCAUUGUGGGGUAUUCAACAGCAGCGGCAUGGGGAUCACUCUUCUUAUGCAUUAGCUUCAUUGAUUUAGUGACCUCAUUGGCACAGGAGAUCAUUCUUACGUACUUUGCGUACGGUGCUUUGUUGUCUCUGGGCUUGCAACUGACUUAUACGGCUGCGUUUAUGGCUGUCGUUUCUACAUUCAAGGAUAGCAAAUGGCUGGGAUUGGCGUGUGGUGUGAUGGUGUGUGGAGGAGGAAUAGGGGCCUUUGCUACGAAUCAUCUACUCAGUUGGAUCCUCUCGUUUUGGACAUGGCGUGAGGCUCUCAUUCUCCAGGGUGGAAUUUUUCUACACGCUUGGAUCUCCGCCGCCCUCUUCUAUUGGUUAGAUGAAAGAGCCACGAUGCAGAGCGAAUGGGAGAAAUACGAGUCCCGUCUGGGAGCGCAAGACGUGGAUACUGCGGUUGGCCGGUCAUCAUAUUACGACUCCAUUUAUGCCCAUAGACGGAAACCUCUGGGAGAUGCACCCGAACUCAGCCCCGUUGCCAUCCAACCAGUGUGCCGGAGAGUGGUGGAUCGAUUGAAGAGUCUGUGGUACCUGUGCCCCAUCUUCAUGAUCCUUACGCCGACGCAGCACCGACCGCGGGCGCGGAAGUGUGACUACAUGGAGGUGCAACCUUCGGAAGAUCUGAGAGCAAAAACUAGAGAAUUUUGGCUCCAAUUGCGUAACAGCUUCUUCUGCCUCUUCUCCCCUGCCGUAUGGACCAACGGACCCUUUCUCAUCUACGUGCUGACUAAUGGGCUAGCCGCUGCAGGUGUGGUCAUCCCCUGGACCUUUGUAUACGAUUACGUACGCACACAAUGGGUCACUGGCCUUGAUUCUGCUGUUACUUUCAGUCUAAUUGUGCUUAAAUUUUUGACUAAUAGAUUCUGUUUGUUCACUGUUCUGCGUCAUUUUUGCUGUUUUGCCUUUUUCCCACCUACUCUUAUGUAUCACUGGCGAUAUUAA